CCCACCAUCAUCCAAAAACACCCACCAGCAUCCACGCCCCAGGCCCACCCCUGAACACGCAGCCGCCGACACGUGCCCCGCGGUCACGUGGCGCGCGCGCCCGCGCAAAAAACAACAUGUUCCACCAACUCCCAGCGGCUCCUCAAAACAAGCCCAAACGCCGGACACCAGAUCUUCCCUGCCCCCGCGUUGCAGCCCCCCGUGCCCCUCCGGCCCCCUCCUUCCACAUCCGCCGCGUCCACAAACGGACAGCUCCGCAGAAAAGCAACCAACGCGCCGCGCGCCAGCCGCUUUCACCCGCCGGCCCCAGAGCCCCCUCCAGCGCUCUUUCAUCUCCACAAACACCCCAAUGGCGCCCACUUUGAUGCCCGUGCAGGGCGUCGCCCGCACCGGCGUGGCCGCCGAAAACUCUCCGGCCGCGUCCCAGGGCGCCAGCGCGUACCUCACGUCGCUGUUGGCGCACGCCGAUUUGCACGGCGCAGGCCAUCCCGGCAUAGCGCCGAUGGACCGCAUCAUCAUGGCGCUCAAGUCCGGGCUCGGGCCCGAGACCGAGCACGCGCUCUCCACGUUGACGUUCUACUCGUGCAACGAGCCCAAGCUCGUGGACUUGGCCGCGUGCCCGCUCAUUGGCAACGCGCUCAUAGGGUUUUUUGCGCGGCCCUACGAGGCCAUGGGCCGGGGCGCAAGUGAGGCCGUGAGCAGCGGCACCCCCGAGCACGAGGCCCGCGGCAGCGCCGACGCGCCGUUCCGCCCGGCCGAGCUCCAGGCCAGCGUGGAGGCGUUGCUCUCGCUCCGCAACGCCGCGCAGGACUUGCACAACCAGCAGUGGCUCAGUCGGGCGCCGCAGUUCCGGCAGCACGCGGCAGACGCGCUCCGCUGGCUCAACGCGUGGCUCAUCACGCCCGGCACGCCGCGCCUGUACGCGCUCGACAAGGCCAGCGACACGCUCCGCGAGUCCUUGAAGCACCUCUUGGACAUCCUUGACCCUUUGACGUGCUUCUACGUGGAGACGCCGCGCAACGAUCCGUUGUUCGCGCAGUUGCUUGUGGUGUUGGCCGGCACCAGCGACAAGCACGUGUUGAUGGUGGUGUUGAAGUGCUUGCAGCACCUUCUCUUCUUGGGUGGCGCGGGUGGCGUGGCCUCGCGCAACCCGGACCUGCCGGACUGCAACAACUGCAUCGACGCCGUGCAGCCCGAGCACCUCCACGUGGCCGUGCGCUGCUUGCUCGUCAAGGACGACGAGUUGAACCACGCGGUCUUGCUGUUUUUGAAGCAGUACUUGGCGCUGGAGGCCUUGCACCCGCUGCACAGGGCCUCCGUGCGCCUGUCCCAGCUCCUCCGCUUGCACACGCUCGUCGACGCGGCCGGCUCCCAGAACUUGCACGUGUUGAUGAAGCAGUUGCCCCAGUUGCUCGUCGCCCGCUUGCCGCUCGUGGACCCGCUGCAGGUCCCGCCGCCCCAGCCCUUGCAGCUCAAGAAGCGCUCCGCGUACUGCGGCGUGCCCUCGCUGACGGCAAAGUUGCCGCCUGACCUCUACAGCGUGAUCUUGACCUUCCCGGAGCCCUUGCGCGCCACCACCUGGCUUCGCUGCUGCUACGAGCCGCACGGCAUCGCGCCCAAGGGCGCCACCGCAGACCUGCCUGCGGGCGAGGUCACCCAGAUCUCGCUCUGGAAGUCCUACGAGAACCAGUUCGAGGCCAUCUGGAAGGACCGCUUCAACCCCAAGUGGCCCAACUUGCUCCCGGCCGUCGACUUCAUCAAGAACGUCAGCCUGGCGUUCCCCAGCUCCGAGGCCAUGGUGGUCAGCGUGCCUGCCGCAGACCCGGCCCAGCCACCACGCAAAAAAUUCAUCAUCAAGGGCAUCCAGCCCCGCCAGUUCCCGGUGAGCAUCGACAUCGGCAACUUCGAGGCGUUGCGCAAGAACACUGCGGUGUCCGAGGAGAAGAGCGCCGGCGCCGUGGCCGUGGGUGAUGUCGACUCGGACGCGUUCCACGGCCACAUGGACGCGCUUGUGGACUCGCUCUUGGCCGCGUCCGACGGCUUGUCCGACCCGUAUGACGCCAACGCGCCGUGGUACUCGCCCAUCAAUCUCUUGAGUAGGGACAUUCUCGAGAUCCUCGUGGCGGCGCUCUUGGAGCCCGAUACCGAGGGCCGCUACCGCAAUGUGUUCCGCCAGUACAACAAGGACUGGUUGCCAGAUUUGGUGUUUGCCAACCCGGGCCUCGUGGAGCAGGCGUACAUUGACGGCAAGUGGUUGCAAUACCUUUUGUAGCCAAUGCAAACUCACGGACUGUGGAGAUAAUAGAGAGCAAUUAGUAAGUCUCUGGCAGCGUUUCGCUGAAGAUCUACAAGUGUGCUUUCUUCAAGUGCUUGGUUGAGGUUCUCACGAGAGCUAUUCUAAAUGUC